AUGGUUCUAAAUUACAUCAAGAAGAAGGGUGUAUUUUCAAAGAAGUAUGUUUUCGUACCGAUAGUCGUGUGGUCACACUGGAGCCUGUUGAUAUUCUGCAAUCUGGGUGAGACUCUCGUUCGCUCAAAAGUCAAUGCUCCUUGCAUGCUGCUCUUGGAUUCGUUGCAUGCAAUAGGUCCAACGAGGCUCGAACCUUUAAUAAGAAGGCUUCUCUUUGACAUGUAUACAUCAGAGAAAAGGCUGGAGACUGAAAAGCAGCUUAAGAAAAUGCCUCUCUUGAUUCCCAAGGUACCCCAGCAGAAAAAAGGCGAUGAGUGUGGAUUUUAUGUUCUCUACUUCAUAAAGCUCUUCCUAGAAAGAUCUCCCGAGAAUUUCGGCACAUCUGAGGGCUACCCAUACUUUAUGAAGAAAGACUGGUUCAAUGUUGAAGACAUAGAAUCCUUCUGCAAGAGUCUCGAUGCUUUUCCUCCAGCCGAAAGUAAACCUGAUGAUUCUGCUUCCAGUGAUUCUAGUGAUUGUGUUCAGUUAAUCGAGUGCUCCUCUUUUAGUGGCAGCUAG